UCAUCUCCGCUUCCUCCUUCCCCUGAUCCCUCUUCAUACAGCAUCCGGACCGUAUCCUUUGCGCGAACGAGAUGUGGAGUGGUUAUCCUGGUCAGCAGGGUCAGCAAGGUGGUUACGGCGCACCUCCGGGUCCUCCGCCACCGUCUGGACCGCCUCCCUUUGGCUUCCCGAGCCCCAAUGCGCCGUCUCCGUCUGGAUACAACCCGGGAUAUAUGCCCGCAUACGGAGCACCCCCGGGUCCUCCACCUGGAGGCUACCCUCCACCUCCGGGGCCGCCUGGUUUCCCCAGCCCCAGAGAUCAUCAACACCAUCAACACCAGCACCAGCAUCAUCACCAAGGUGGUGGAUUUGCGCCCCCUCCAGGCCCGCCGCCGCCUUCUGGGUACGGUCCCCCGCCUCCCGUUCCCGCGAGACCUGGCUCGGACAACCGGUACCAGUCGCCGGCAGGGCCUCCCCCAGGGCAAUAUGGGGGAUACCAGCCGCCUCAGGGCCCGCCUCCACCUCCUCCUAGUCAGCAACAGAGCUACGGCCCUUCGUUCGAAGACGCGCAGCACCACCAGCGUCAGCUCUACUUCCAGUACUCUCAGUGCACUGGAAAGAAGAAAGCGCUUUGUAUCGGUAUCAACUACUUCGGGCAGUCGGCAGAGCUGAAAGGUUGUAUCAAUGACGCGCGUAACGUCGUGCAGUUCCUCAAAGAACUGUGGGGCUACAAGGAGGAUGAUAUAGUCGUGUUGACAGACGACGCGCAAAACCCUCGUCAGAUUCCCUCUAGGGACAACAUCCUUGCAGCUAUGCAAUGGCUUGUCCGUGACGCGCAACCCAAUGACUCACUCUUCUUCCACUACUCCGGACACGGUGGACAGACAAAGGACCUCGACGGCGACGAGGCGGACGGCUACGAUGAAGUGAUCUACCCCAACGACUUCGAACGCGCCGGUCACAUCGUCGACGACAUUAUGCAUGACAUCAUGGUCAAGCCCCUGCCUGCGGGGUGCCGUUUGACUGCAAUUUUCGAUUCGUGCCAUUCCGGUUCAGCUUUGGACCUGCCGUACAUCUAUUCGACGGAGGGCAAGGUCAAGGAGCCGAACCUGGCCGCGGAAGCCGGUCAGGGCCUCCUCUCUGCCGUCACUUCUUACGCCCGUGGAGACAUGGGCGGCGUGUUUUCGUCGGUGUCUGGGCUGUUGAAAUCCGCGACCGGUAACAACCAGCGCGCCGAUAAGAUCACUAAGGCCACCAGGACGUCGCCCGCGGAUGUGAUCUCCUGGAGCGGCUGCAAGGAUUCCCAGACGAGCGCCGACACAGUGGAGGCUGGGCAGAGCACCGGCGCAAUGAGCUACGCGUUCAUAUCCUGCCUACGGCAAAACAAGCAGCAGAGCUAUCAGCAGCUGCUCCAGAACAUCCGCGCCAUCCUCAAGGCGAAGUACAGUCAGAAGCCACAACUGUCGAGCUCCCAUCCCAUGGACGUGAACUUGCUCUUCCUCUGCUGAGCGUGGACAAAUGUAUAAGAGAAUCUUGGACUCUUGAAUUCGUGUCUCUUGUUGUACG